AUGGAGGUAACAACGUUGGCUGCAAUGAUGCGGCAGCAGUUUGAUGACCUCAACCAGAACAUCAACCAGCGGGUCGACAACCUACAGGAGUCCUUGAACACGCGAGUGGACAACUUGCAGUUUAUCCUGUUUCAGCAGAAAAAUGAGCUGCACGAUGCCUUGGCCAGACGUAUCGAUGAGACCAUGGAAAGGCGGUCCACAGAGUUGACCAGGCAUAUAGACGAGACCAUAGACCGGCGGUCCACGGAGUUACAGGAGACCUUGCUUCAGCGCUCGAGCCAGUUAGAGGAUUCACUUGCUCAACGUUCGAAACAGUUAGAGGAAUCGCUUGUCCAACGCUCAAACCAGUUGGAAGAGUCACUCCUCCAACGGUCAAAUCAAAUACAUCAAGCUAUGCUCCAACGCACCAACGAGCUGGAUACCACCCUCAUUCAACGAAACAACGAGUUCCAAGAAGCCCUGACUAGGCGAAUGGAUGAGACUCUGCUUCAACGGUCCAAUGAGUUACAAGGCUUUUUGGCUCAACGUUUGGAUGACACUAUGAUCCAGCGAACAGAGACGUUGCAGAAGAACUUGGUUCAGGAGAUGGUCAAGUUCUAUAAAAGUGUCAUUCAACCGCAGUUUCAUCGAAUAAACAAGGACCUCGCAGCUCGUGAUAAAGAUAUUAAGCGAGAGUUCCAGAGUGUCAACGAGCGAUUCAAUCGCGUGGAUGCCAGGUUCCAUACCUUGGAGAUGGAUAUGAAAGGAGAAUUCAAGAAUGUCAGCAAACGGUUUACUCAUAUGGAGAACCGGUUCGAUAGAGUUGAGACCAAGGUCGAUCAACUGGAAGUCAGGAUGGGCAGCGUCGAAGCCAAAGUGGGUCAACUGGAAACCAGGCUGGAUAGGAUCGAAACCAAGGGGGAUCGUUUGGAGGUCCAGAUGGGUAAUUUUGAGAGAAUCCUCCGGAACUCCAAAAUCGCCUUCCUCAACCAGCGUAUCCUUCCGAUACAGAUGUAUAACCAGGAAGGAUCACCAAUACCUAUCCCAGUAGCCUCUCUUCCCACUACGGCACUGGCGUUCUAUCACCUGAAGGAGAGCAAACAUUGGUCCAAGUUGAGGAACCUCAUCGAAUACUAUCAACUGCAAGAAGAGGCAAUCCAGGCAACUGCAGAUUAUGAUGACUCAUUCGCAGGCACUAAGCUGAAGUAUACAGAACAGGAGCUGGAGCGCGCUAUCUCGUCAAACGCAUGGGGCGUUGUUGUUGUAUUAGGUGGACGUAUUGGUAUUGACUGUGAUGCACUCCAUGACCGAGUCAUACAGGUACAAUUCCAUUCACAGAAAAACGUUUCAUCUAAGCGAGACGCAAGCGAUAUGAGCACAAGCAAGCGGGCCGCCAAAACACAUUGCCCAUUGUCCGACCGAGUCCGACCUGUCUCUGGAGCACAACAAGACACAGAUGUACGUGAGCCAUCUGUCGUUAGCAGGAUAUAUAGUGAGGUUGACUCAGAGAAGUUCAAGCAGUCUCUUGACCCCCGAAUUUGGGGUAACGAGCCCCUCGUUACGCCUGUCUCAAAACAUGACUUGAACUGUUCUGAGUCAAAAGGCGGUUCCAAUUAUUCUCUCUUCUACGGUGACACGGAGAUUGCGAGGUCUUCAUCGCAGCAAACAGAGACAGAGUCCGUCGAGGAAUGA